CGGUUAUGUGCGGGGAAGGAUGAGGUGCGAGUACACGCAGUGAUCUCCACCACAUCCUAAUAGGUGGUGCACCAGCUGGCAAAGAGAGUCGAACCCCGCCAAAAUGUCCCUCGGUUGAGAUGCGUGGCAGCCUACCGCCUUCCGGCAGAAUUUGGAGAAUCCCCCGGCAAGGGCGCAGUGAGGUCAUCAUCAACAACCUUCCGCGAUUUGAUGCUGAAGGAUGGCCACAAUCAGAGAUGGCACUGACCCGGACUUUGCAGACGCCGUCUCUGGGUGCCAGGCUCCGGCUCACACGUCUAUGCACUCUCCCUAGGGCACGUCUGUUGUCGUCGUCGCCAUCUCUCCGAAACGUCUCAACCUCUCAACAACAUCCCUUCGCUUAUGGGGCUAAUGAUGAAGUUGCUCGUCUUGCAGCCAGUCGUCGACGACCGUUGACACUCGCAGACCUGCUCAAACAUGGCAAACCACCACUAUCCAAGGAUGCCCUCCUUGCCUCGGCCAACUUCACCCUGUCACUGCUACCUGCGCGGCUAGCAUCACGCAUCGAGGCCCUCCGCAACCUUCCUUUCAUCGUCGUCUCGAACCCACACGUCACACAAAUCUACAACAACUACUUGCACUCCCUAUCCACCCUCCUACCCUACCAGCAGCGCCAGGUCACCACCCUCGAAGAGGAGAACCAAUUCGCCGAAGUCCUGGCCGACCUCGUGCACACCCACACCAAUACGAUCCCGAUCCUGGCCCGGGGCUUCCUCGAAUGCCGCCGCUACAUCAAUUCCGCCGAUGUCACCCGCUUCCUGGACACGCACCUCCGCGCGCGCAUCGGCACCCGUCUCAUCGCGGAGCAGCACCUGGCGCUGCAUUUCGCCUCGCAGCCGGUCCGGGACACUCAGUCUGGCGCUAACAGCAGCAGCAGCAGCAGCAGCAGCAACAACGAACACACACCAGCCAAAGACGCCGCGCCCCCUUCCAACUACAUCGGCGUCAUCGACACCGCCCUCCAACCCGCGCGAAUUGUCAAACUAUGCGAGGAUUUCGUGGGCGAGAUUUGCGAGCUCAAGUACGGGGUGCGACCCCGGCUCGUCAUCGGCGGGCAGCCGGACGCCUCGUUCGCGCACGUUCCCGUCCACGUGGAAUACAUCCUGACCGAGCUUCUCAAGAACGCCUUCCGCGCCACCGUGGAGUCGGGCAACGGCGACGAACCGAUUGAAGUCACCAUCGCCGCAGCUCCAGACGUCCCGUCCGCCCAUCACUACCAUCCUGCGGACGCUCUUUCCAAUCCUAAUAACACUCCAAGCUGGCAGAAUCAACAUCAGCACCAGUUCCAGCAGCAAUCCGAAUCUGAUACCAACUUCCACAUGGACCACAAUUACACCGUCGUGGGCACCGCCGACGCAAAUGAAUCUAUCAAGUCCUGGACCAUCCCGUCGGCGCAGUGCAUCACGAUCCGCAUCCGCGACCGCGGCGGCGGCAUCCCCCCCGAAGUGCUGCCGAAUAUCUGGUCGUACAGCUUCACGACGUUCUCCGAGUACGACGAUCAUUACCAGGGAGGUGGCGGGUCUGAGACCCACGAGGGCAUGGAGGCGUUGAACACGAUUGCCGCGGCGAGUGGGGGCGGGGGCGGCGCGAACGGGCAUCUGAGCAGCAUCGCCGGGCUGGGGUAUGGGUUGCCGUUGAGUCGGGCGUAUGCGGAGUACUUUGGCGGGAGUAUUGCGAUUCAGAGUCUUUGGGGGUGGGGGACGGAUGUGUAUUUGACGUUGCAGGGGGUGGGAAAUGUUUC